AGCCCAUAUAUCCAAACAAGCCUGAGUGAAGUGUAUGUGAGCUAAAACAAAAACAAUGUCAAUCUUCUUGUCAAACCCAAGUUUGCUGAGAAAUGGGUUCAGAAGCCUCAUGUUUUUAACCCCAUCUGUAUCUAUUUCCUACUCUACUUGCUCAGUGCUCUCUUCUGAUGAUUCUCACCGGAAAAAAUGGAGGCAGCCGGUUGUUUCAGCUCUCGAGCUUGGGGGAGUUAAGAUUGCUAAAGAGGAUGUGGUUAGAGAAGAUCCUACAAACAAUGUUCCUGACUCGAUUUUUACGAAACUUGGAAUGCAACUUCACAGAAGGCCUACGCAUCCUUUAGGGAUAUUGAAAAAUGCAAUUUUUGACUAUUUUGAUACCAAUUAUCCGAACAAGUUUGACAAGUUUGAUGAUCUCUGUCCAAUUGUUUCGGCUAAAGAGAACUUUGAUGAUGUCUUAGUACCCGCAGAUCAUGUUAGCAGGAGUUAUAAUGAUACAUACUAUGUGGACUCUGAAACUGUUUUAAGGUGCCACACAAGUGCACAUCAGGCUGAGUUAUUGAGGAAGGGUCAUACUCAUUUUCUUGUUAUUGGAGAUGUAUACCGCAGAGAUUCCAUCGAUGCAACUCAUUAUCCUGUAUUCCAUCAGAUGGAAGGGGUUAGAGUUUUUAGUCCAGAUGAUUGGGAGGCAUCUGGAAUGGAUGCUACAUCAUAUGCAGCUGGAGAUCUCAAGACAUGUCUCGAGGGUUUGGCAAGCCACUUAUUUGGCGCUGUAGAAAUGCGUUGGGUUGACACCUAUUUUCCUUUCACCAAUCCAUCAUUCGAACUUGAGAUAUAUUUUCAGGACAAGUGGCUGGAGGUUCUUGGAUGUGGGGUGACAGAGCAGGAGAUACUAAAAAGAAGUGGUAAAACCAAUAACGUUGCUUGGGCUUUUGGACUUGGAUUGGAACGUUUGGCCAUGGUUCUGUUUGACAUACCUGACAUUCGACUAUUCUGGUCAGAUGAUGAGCGAUUUACUUCUCAAUUCUUGAAAGGUGAACUUGGGACAAAGUUCAAGCCAUAUUCAAAGUAUCCUCCAUGUUUCAAAGAUAUGAGUUUCUGGUUAAGUGAUUCAUUUACCGAAAAUAAUCUUUGUGAAAUAGUUAGAGGUGUGGCUGGGGAUCUUGUCGAGGAGGUUCGAUUGAUCGAUAACUUCACCAACAAGAAGGGAAUGACUAGUCACUGCUAUAGGAUAGCAUAUCGCUCCAUGGAGCGUUCUCUAACAGAUGAUGAAAUUAAUGAACUACAGUGGAAUGUACGAGAUCAAGUGCAGAGCAAGCUGAAUGUUGUUUUAAGAUAAAAGUACUGGGUGAAUUCAAGACUCAUUUAAGUCGCAUCAAUUAAGUGUAUUUUCUUCCCCAUUUCUGCUUCUUACAGGUAUUAAUUUUUAUGUAACCUUUUUAAAUAUUUUAUACAAGGAGAAAGCUAAAUUCCUUUCCGAAUUUUUUUGGUGUUUAGCUCUUCCCUUGUGUGUUUUUUGUUGGCCUGUAUAUUAACAAUAAAUAAUUAUCACUCCGGUGGUUUAAAUUUCCAUGAACUAUUGAGCUUCAAUGCAGCAUGUAAUCCAAUUUGACUGUCAA